CAGGUCCUGUGCAUAGCUGCCUGGCUCCUUGCACUUCGCUCACCCUGACCCAACACAGGCCUUGGUGCUUGGGGUUUAUCUCCCAGGACCUAAGAGCAAGGAGCCAAAGCCAGAGGCUGAGAGUUCCCAGGAGAGGGGCUGGUGUGGCCUGGAUGAGGCGCAGAGAUGGGGAAGAAACUGGACCUCUCCAAGCUCACAGAUGAGGAGGCCAAGCAUGUAUGGGCCGUGCUGCAGCGGGAUUUUGACCUCAGGAGAAGAGAAGAAGAAAGACUUGAGGGACUGAAGGGCAAGAUACAGAAGGAGAGCUCGAAGAGAGAGCUGCUGUCCGACACAGCCCACCUGAACGAGACCCACUGUGCCCGCUGCCUGCAGCCCUAUCGGCUCCUGGUGAACAGCAGACGCCAGUGCCGAGAGUGUGGCCUCUUCGUCUGCAAAAGCUGCAGCCACGUCCACCCAGAAGAGCAGGGCUGGCUCUGUGACCCCUGCCGCUUGGCCAGAGUGGUGAAGAUUGGCUCGCUGGAGUGGUACUACCAGCACGUGAGGACUCGGUUCAAGCGCUUCGGGAGUGCCAAAGUGAUCCGGUCCCUCUGUGGGCGGCUGCAGGGCGGAGGUGGAUCUGAGCCAAGCUUGGGGGAAGGCAGUGGAGACAGUGAACAGACAGAUGAGGAUGGAGACCUGGAUGUGGAGGCCCAGGCACAGCCCCUCAACAGCAAAAAAAAGCGCCUGCUCUCCUUCAGUGACGUGGACUUUGAGGAAGACCCAGAACACUCGAUGCAGCCCUGCAGCCAUACUCUGGGCCUGUCCUCAGUCCCGGAGUCUGCACACAGCCUGCAGUCCCUCUCAGGUGAGCCCUACUCUGAGGAUACCACCUCCCUGGAGCCUGAGGGCCUGGAGGAUACCAAUACAGGGCCCUUGGGGUGUCACCAUGGUCCAGAAGAGCAGCCACACAGCCCCUUGCCCUCCGGAGAGGAUGCUCACACUGAGCUGGACCUGCCCAGAGCACCCUGCAAGAGGGCCCUAGGGACCACAUCUAUGCCUGGGAUAGAUAAUGUCAAAGGCAAACAGCUCCCCUCACAGUACCUGGCUGACGUGGACACCUCUGAUGAAGACAGUCUCCGGGAUCCCAGGGCAGCCUCCCAGUAUUCCAAGAGGAAGGCCCGGGCAGUGCCUGACACUCAGAUCUUGGAGUUGAAUAAGCGCAUGUCAGCUGUGGAGCACCUGCUGGUCCACUUGGAGAAUGUAGUCCUGCCACCCUCAGCCCAGGAACCAGCUGUGGAAUCACACUCCAGGGCAGACACAGAGGAGAAGGCUCUCAGGAAGAGGCUGGAGGAACUGACCAGCAACAUCAGUGAUCCCGGCACCUCAUCAGAAGAUGAGAUCAAGCCAGAUGGCACUCUCCAUGCGGUAUCUCCAGAGGUGUGCACAGACACAGGACCCCUAGAGACCCAGGGAAGGAGCCCUCAGGGCCCCGGGAACCCUACUCGGACUACAAAGAGCACAGAUAAGGAACUGUCGGAGAUGGAGGACAGAGUGGCCCUGGCAGCCUCUGAAGUUCAGCAGUCUGAGAGCGAGGUCUCAGACAUCGAGUCCAGGAUUGCAGCCCUGAGGGCAGCGGGGCUCACUGUGAAACCCUCAGGAAAACCCCGGAGAAAGUCAAACAUCCCAAUCUUUCUUCCCCGGGUGACGGAGAGACUUGACAAGAUCCCAAAGGAUCCACCUGCAGACCCUGAGGACCAAGCCAACGAGCCCAAGGUGACAGCCGAGCCCUGUCUCCUGAGGAGGAAGUAUUCCCCCAGCGGUCAAGGCAUAGAUGGUGGUUCUUUUGAUCGGAAAUCAGUGUACCGUGGCUCUCUGACACAGAGGAACCCUAACGGGAAGAGAGGGACGGCCAGCCACAUCUUCGCGAAACCCGUGAUGGCCCAGCAGCCCUAAAAGGGGACACACGGACACAGAAGAGUACCACAAAGCACCCCCAACUGUUUCUUCCCCACGGCUAUCACAUCCCCACGGCCAUCGCGUCCCCACGGGCUCUGUGCCUCUUGAUGCUCACAGUUGCUUGUCAUCACCAUCCCAGUGAGAAAUAAGAAGAACAAGUGUCCACUUGUGACAUAGCAAGUUCUCAGACUUCCAGCUGUCACCAGGCCACUGACCAGAGCCAGGGUGCCUGCCAGCCUCUGACCCAGGAGAUACAAGCUGAUGUGAUUUUAUCCUUGGAUGAUGCUAUCAGGACACCCAGAUCCCCUUUCGCUGUGAUCCUUUAGCCCCGUCUCUUGGCUUCAUUGAGCCACAUUCACGGAUGGAAUGGAGGCCCUGAGCAUGUUCACGUUCCUGACUGUGAGGGAAAGAGACAGAUACAAGAGUGUCUGUGGGCAUGAUGGGAGAAAGUGCAGUUACAGACAGUGAAUGAGGGGGCUAGAUUCCUCACUCACCCACACAGACCUUGUUCUUCACAUUUCCUUGUGGGUCACAGACAGGAGCCCUAACCCCGACCCCCACCCCAGAGUUUCCGCCACCAUAACCACCAACUGCAGGACCACAUUGAGGCCAAGCCUCUAACACAGGCCCUGGGGGUAUACUACACAGGGACCUCACUUUCAAGACAGCUCAUGCUUUACACUUAGGUUUGUAGCUCACACAAAUGACGGCUUUGGAAUUCGUCAAGAAUUCAGGUUCUCCACACCAAGUGCAUCAGAACCAAUCUUGUUCGUGAUUGCAUAGUCUGCUCUUCACAGCCUUCCUGACACCCUAGGGAGACAGUCUCCUACACCCAGAGCUGCCUCUUCCCAUCAGCUUGUGUCACAGCCUAGGAGUAUAGAGGACACACAGGCCAGAGCCACAAACAGCCUAGUGUACUCUGAGAAUGAACUUCAGGAAGAAAUCUCUUACUUGUUCAAAGACCCACAUCUCAGGGGUCCCACGUUCAUUUCCCGUGUCCUUCUAGCAAAUACUGCAACCUAAGCCAAUCGCACCCACAGGAAAUGUGCCCUCCUGGGUUUCAGAGGACGAAAGUCCGAUUGAGGUGUCUGUGGGAUUUGCAGUUCUGAGGGUAGGUGCCUCUUCCUCCUUCUGGGAUUGCCUCCAUCCCAGUCCACCUUGACAUCAGUCCCCAACUUCACCUU